CUUCAUUGGCAUUUGCAUUGCAUUGCUUGCAUACCAUUCUUCGACGACUCUGCCUGUUCUAGGGUGAGGAUAUCGGGAAGCGGCGUGUGCGCAAUACGACACAAUGCUCGUUCGAUCCGCUGGACGGAGACAGCGUCGUCAAACUGCGAAGCUCCUUGCGGCCUCCUUUGCUCAGCUCCAAUUGCCAUGGCUGGCCCCGGCGCAACUACGCUGGAGCACCUCUCAGGCUGCCAUUCAUAAUGAGACGUUACCUCGCCGUCGCCGACCGAGCCCCAGUCGGAGUCGGCAGGCGAAGACGCAAGUACGACACCUUGCCACCGCAGCAGACAGCGCUCCCGUGUCUGUCCACAAUGCCUCCUUUCCACCUGCUGGAUAUGGCGGCGGCUUUCGCAACAAGGCGGACGAGAACGUUCCGUGGGCCAAGCAAUCCUUACAGCCUGUGCGGCAACCGGGCCAGCAAUUGUCAGUGCUGCGGCCGUACGACAACCCAAUCAUCAUUAACAAAUCGACCCAAAACCCAGCAGCAUUGAUCAAAGUGCAGAACGGAGUACAGGGCACCAUCGCCGACCUGCUGCAGCAUCUACAUACGAGUUUGCGCAUUGGUCGCUUCAACCGAGUCGAAGCCAUCAUUCAGAAGCUGGCGGCACAGAAUGCUUCCUAUGCGCCUGAAUUGCUUCAUGCACACACUGCAUACCUCGAAGAACGGCUGAGGGUGUUGGCCAUGCUGGACAGGAGGUCGACACAAGCUCAGCAUGCGCUGGCGACCAUGCAGAAGUGGUUCGAGAUUGAAGUCCGCAAGAAGAACGUCGAGGUCGAUGCGAGAGUAUUAAUCAUCAUGAUGAGGGCUACCAUGCGUGCACUUGAUGGGACGCAGCGUGAUAGGACGUUGCGAAGGUAUGCGAGUAUCGCAGAGUCACUUGGUCGAGAGACUCUGGACGAGGUGCUUGAGUCUGAAGACUACGAUGACAACGAGUUCACUAUACUGGGAAGAGCUACCUCGACCGUUUACGAGGAUCAGAGUCUGGAGGAGGCUAUAUUGGCGGAUCCGGAGGAAGUGGAGCUCAAGAAGGAAGAGCUGCCGCAGUAUCUGGCGCGCACCGAUCAAGUGGAUGUGGGUGAGCUACCGCAGGUCAUGGAGACCGCGCAGAAAGGAAGUGGGCUGUCCAACAUCAAACAAGCCAUGACCAGCUUCAUCAGUCUGCCACCACUACCCGCAGAUGCACCACUUGAAGCGCAACGAGAGCGAGCUUAUGAACGUCAACGGCUGAUGGAAGAGACGUCUGUCGACAUUGCCAUCCAGCGGUGGCGUGAGGCGGACGAUGAGCUGAGAAAGAUUGGCAUUUCAACACAGCUGCAAAGUAGGCCGCUUGGCGCGCUAAUGUGGCAGUGGUACCAAGCGCUCUUACCGGCUUUGAAGGAAGAGCUCGCGGAGUGUAGGAAAGUCAUGGCGCAACCUGAUGGAGCGAAGGAGGAGGACCGCUCAUUUUACGCACCCUACCUGGAAUUGUUGCCCAUGGAUAAGGUCGCAGCCAACACCAUCCUCUUUGUCGUGUCUCGCUUCGCCGGCGGCAAAGACAGGCAUACGAAGAAGUAUGAGGUGGAGAUGAAACUGAGCCAUCUCACCACGAGCCUGGGAAAGCAGCUUGAAGCUGAAGCCGACGCCUCUAGAUCGGUUGAGCAGAUGAAAGAAAGACGGCAGGGAGGCAAGAUCAAAGCGUCUAAGCGAAGGCAAGGAAUGUUCGCAAAAGGCUUGAAGCACAAGAAGGGAGCGAAUUCGACCUUGGUGGAGUCCGACGACAAAUGGCCGCUCGACGCGAAAGUCAAGCUUUGCGCAAUGCUCAUUCAGAAGCUCAAGGAGUCGGCGCAGCUGCCCGUCACGCGCGAGCAUCCCCGAACCAAGCAGAAGAUCACGCAGCUGCAGCCGGCAUUCCUGCAUCGCAUUAAGUACGUCCUAGGCAAGAAGGUCGGCAUUGUUGCGCCGAACCCGGCUUUGAUCGACAAACUUGAGAGCGAGCCAAUGGGUAGCGUCAUCGCGAAGCGCAUGCCCAUGAUUGUCGAGCCGAAGCCGUGGACAGGCUGGAGUGUGGGCGGAUAUAUCCACUACGCAAACGAUGUGUUACGACUGGGGCCGGGCGAUAAGAGCGGCCGUGAUUACUUCCAUGCUGCGCAUAACAAAGGCGACAUGACGCAGCUAUACGCCGGUCUCACCGCGCUUGGUAAGGUGCCGUGGAAAGUGCAUCCGGAUGUCUUUAGGGUUCAAAUUGAAGCCUGGAACUCAGGCGAGGAGAUCGCAAACUUUGCGCCGCUGCACCCGCAGAUUGACGUACCACCCGAGCCUCCGGCUGGAGACAUGGCGGAGCGCCGCAACUGGUUGAAGGCCGUUGAUGAUGUGGAGAAUAAGCGCAGUGGUGCACAUUCCAAGCGCUGCUUCCAGAACUUCCAGAUGGAGGUUGCGCGGGCGAUGUUGAACGAGACGAUCUAUUUCCCCCACAACAUGGACUUCCGCGGUCGCGCUUACCCGAUCCCGCCGUAUCUUAACCAUAUGGGCGCGGAUAAUGUCCGUGGUGUGCUUGUCUUUGCGGAAGGCAAGCCGCUUGGUGAUAAAGGUCUCAGGUGGCUUAAGAUUCAUUUGGCGACUGUUGCGGGUUACGAUAAGGCGAGUAUGUCGGAGCGGCUGCAGUAUACCGAGGACCACUUGGACGAUAUCUACGAUUCCGUCCGCAACCCGUUGAAUGGUCGGAGGUGGUGGCUAAAAGCCGAAGACUCGUGGCAGACGCUUGCAGCAUGCUUUGAGUUGACCAAAGCACUGGACUCCCCGGACCCUACCAAGUUCCUCAGCACGCUACCCAUCCAGCAGGAUGGCACGUGUAACGGAUUGCAGCACUAUGCCGCGCUAGGUGGUGACGAGAUCGGUGCACGGCAAGUCAAUCUCGAGCCCGGUGAUCGACCGGCCGAUGUAUAUACCGCCGUCGCUGAAGAAGUGAAGAAGGCCGUCGCUAGAGACGCUGCGGCAGGAAACAAGAUCGCCCAGAAGCUUGAUGGCCGUCUCACGCGGAAAUGCGUGAAGCAGCCCGUCAUGACCAACGUUUACGGCGUCACUUUCUACGGUGCCAAGGCUCAAGUGCAACGGCAGCUGGAGGUCCUGUUCCCAGAGGUUUCCAGGUUCGAUGACAUUUCGUUGCAGAAGAUGUCCCUUUACGUCGCUACUGAGAUCUUCAAGGCACUUGGCUCCAUGUUCACGGGCGCCCAGGCGAUCCAGAACUGGCUCGGGCAAUGCGCAGACCGGAUCGCGACGUGUCUGACGCCGGAGCAGGUCAAGCAGUUGGUUGCGGAGUCAGAGGGUGAGGGUGAACCUCCUCAGAUGUCUGGAUACAUGCACAGGAAGCUCAGAUCGGAGGCGAGGAAGAAGGCGAAGGAGAUCGAGCAAGCACGGAAAGAAGGAAGAGAUAUCGAAGCGGAGACUGCUAAGGCGGCUCUGCAGGAGCAGAAGAAGAAGGAUGGCACGCCGCUGAGCCGAGCUUCCAAGAUGCAUAAAGAGGCGAAGUCGUUGUUCAAGUCGACGGUUGUGUGGACGACGCCGCUCAGACUGCCGGUGGUACAGCCGUAUCGCACGAGUGCGAGUAAGGGUGUUGGUACGGCGAUGCAGACGCUCUAUCUCACGAACCCGCACGUGUGGGAUCCGGUGAGCAAGCGGAAACAGCUGCAGGCUUUUCCGCCCAACUUUAUCCAUUCUCUGGAUGCGACGCACAUGCUAUUGUCGGCACUGAAGUGCACGGAGAUGGGCAUGACGUUCGCUUCAAUCCAUGACUCUUUCUGGACUCAUGCUUGCGAUGUCGACCGGCUGAAUAUCUUGCUGAGGGAUGCAUUUGUGGAGAUGCAUAGUGAGAACAUCAUUGGUCGUCUGCGGGAGGAGUUCCAGACCAGGUACAAGGGCUGCAUGUACCUCGCCUCGGUGCAAGCGAACAGUAAGGUUGGCAAGCAGAUCACGGCGCUGAGACAUACGUGGAAGAAGGACCCGACCAAGAAGAGCGAGCUUGCGAUGGAGGCGGAGAGGUUGCGACUGCUGAGUAGCAGCGACCCGGAAGAGGUCAAGAAGGGGCAGGAGAUGGUCACACCUGGCAGCAUUAUGGCCGAGCACGGCGACGAGAGCGCUUAUGUGAAAGCAUCCGAAACGGCUGGUCGGGCACUGGGAGAGGUUUCCCUUUCGGCGGCUGACGUGGAGGGCACGAACAGUGAUGCUGAUGAAGUAUCCGAUCCUACGCUUCCGGAAUCGGAGCCUGAGUCGUCGAUCGAGGACGAUUCAACCGAUGCGCUCGCAAGCGAAGACGGCAACGGAAACGGCAGCGCCAUCAGCGACGAAGCUCAGCACGAUAGGCUCACCUUAGGGAACUCCGAUAUCUGGCUCCCAACCAAGAAGUCGUCCAAGGCUGUGUAUGUCCCGAAAACACAUGUCUGGAUGCCGAUGAGCUUCCCAGAGAUUCCAGCCAAAGGUGCUUUCGAUGUCACUAGGCUGAAGAAGAGCACGUACUUCUUCCAUUGACAAGGAUGGAUACCAGGAUACGUCGCUGCCGACGGCGGUAAGAAGGCCGUCAUGUACAAUAUGACGGAUGUAGAAUAGAGGCGUAACAAGGCGACAGGGGUCUUGCCGGAAUUGCAGGCAUUUGUGCAAGUAAGCUGGGAAUGUGAUGAGUAGACGAUGCUGUAGCUUGUUGUAAGAUGAGACGCUACCCC